AGGACAAGAAAAUGGUUCAAAAAUUUUUGAAGUGAAGCAGGGGAAAUAUUUCCAAUUAUAAAAGGGAGAUUUCUAGUGUAGUGUGUAAAGCAUACAAUAAGAAAGAGUAAGAAAAGGAAGAGGCUGAGUGCAAACGAGCUAGGCAUAGUAUAUCAUAUAGAAAUUAAAAAGAGCGAGAAUGAUGGAGAUCGAGGAAUUAAGCAGCUGUGAGGCACUUCCUCUGCUCUCUUUAAACCAUGUUUCCUUACUUUGCAGAUCAGUUUGGGCAUCUGUGAGAUUCUAUGAAGAAGUUUUGGGCUUUGUUCUUAUCAAACGCCCUUCUUCUUUCAACUUCAAUGGAGCUUGGUUGUAUAAUUAUGGGAUUGGUAUACACUUGAUUGAGAAUCCAUCGUUGGACGAGUACGAUGCAAUGAAUGACUUGAGACCCAUCAAUCCCAAGGACAACCACAUUUCUUUCCAAUGCACAGAUGUUGGACUUGUCAAGAGGAGGCUGCAAGAUAUGGGGAUGAGAUACGUAACAGCUGUGGUGGAGGAAGAAGGGAUUAAGGUGGACCAAGUGUUCUUCCAUGACCCAGAUGGCUAUAUGAUUGAGCUCUGCAACUGUGAGAAUAUUCCCAUUAUUCCUCUUUCUUCUUGUCCCUUCAAGCCUAUGGGACAUAGUUUCAAGAAACAGACUCCAAACAAAUGCGGUUUCUUGGAAAAUGUCAUGGAAACUGUGAUGAUGGAGAGCUUGAGCCUGGAUAUGAUGAACUUUUCAUUUUAAGUUCCAAAGGGGGAAAAAAAAGAAAAAAAAAGAAAAGUGAAAAAAAAGGAAGAGUUUUUUUCACUUACUUUUGAUGGUUGAAAAAAAGAGAAAUUAAUCUUCUUAUGUUGCAAAAUGUAUUACAGGGUCCGUCUAUGGGUCUCAAUAUGGCGUCUUGGUUUGGUGACGGAAGUUUGUAUUAUUGGCUUUCUGGUAUUGUAAUAAUUAUUUGUGAGAUGGAGUUGUUCUGUCUGUUGCUAUGUUGCAUACAACUCUUUUUUAAGCCAACACAUGUGGCUUUCAAUUAUGUCCAAAGUACUAAAGAAAAAAAUUGUUCUGAAUGAAAAAGAUGUCAAAGAUUUUGUCUGUAAAAUGAAGUAUAUGCAAUUAUAUUUUCAACAUUUUAAAUUUUA